CCCUCCUCUUUUCAGGCAGAAACCGGUGAAUCAGAGAAAGCGGCCAAGCCCUCUCUGCAUCUCAUUAGCGCUUUGAGCUUCUUGUAUUUGUCUUUAAACUUGCAGAGUCUGACGGAAGAAACGCGGACGGAAGGUCGUUAGAAGAAAAUGGUGUCAACACAGAUAGCCGACAGAGGUGACCUUUCCCCUGCAGUCCCUGGUGAACCUAAACAACCCGAGUGAACCUGUUUAACCCUUUCUGAUUGGCUGGACAGCUGCCAGCAACAUCCAAUUGGCGUUGGUCUUAGGUGGUGGAAUUUGAUCCUACUCCUGCUGCAUCCCAGCACUUCCCCUUCUGAGGCGCAUGCAGUGUGGCCAUGCUGAGACAGCAGCCACCGCGGGGUUAGGAUGUCUGACAGGAAAAAGAGUGAAAGCGAGCUCGGCUUCAUCAGUGAUGACGGUGAGGAUUAUGAUAGUGAUGAAGAAGGAAUGCACGACCAGUCCCACAGCGCCCCCUUCUGCUCGGAGAAUGAGGCUCAGGGUGGCGACCCUGCUGUAUGGCAGUGUACCCCUCCCCCAUCUACCUCACCUUCAGUGGAAACGCCUGCCCACCCGCCCACCUCACAGCCAAUGUCCAGACCCCACUCAAGGCCUGCAAGCCAAAGCCCCGCCCCUCCCUCUGCCACGGCAGGAACUAAGAAGAGAAGCUCCAAGCCGGCUCACAUGAGACGCAACAUCAGGAAAUUGUUGAGGGAACAUCAGUUAGAUGCAGUGACCAAAGCCGCCCAGCAGGAGGAGCUUGAAAGAAGGCAACGCCUGGGAGAGCAUCGAAAUCAGGAUUUUCCUCUACCUCUGCUGCCUGAAUAUACAACUGGCGAUGUGCCCUCACUGUCAGCAUCGGUGUCAUUCCAGCGAGAUGCAAAGUCCAUCAGACAGGAUGCCAUCUGUUUGGGGUCCAGCAGCACUGCCAUCAGCGAAGAUACCUGCAAAACUGAUGUAACCACCUCUGCAGUUACAGCAAAAACACAAAAAACAGAAUUAUUAGAUUUGGGGACAGAUGAGGGUGAUACUGUUGCUCAAGUCUCCAAAGACGAGGAGGAGAGUGAGCCCAGCGGCGCCCAUGCCAACGAUGCCCAGAACCAACCCGAUUCCCAGGGCAGAGUCCUCAUCAACCUCAACCAUCCAGCUACAGAGGAGGACAUCUUCCUGUCUCCACAGCUGGCUCGGGCCGUCAAACCUCACCAGAUUGGUGGGAUCCGUUUUCUGUACGACAACUUGGUGGAGUCCCUGGAGCUCUUCAGGAACAGCAGCGGGUUCGGCUGUAUCCUCGCCCACAGCAUGGGUCUAGGCAAAACGCUUCAGGUCAUCUCCUUCAUCGACGUCUUGUUCAGGCACACCGAAGCUCACACUGUGCUUGCCAUCGUACCGGUGAAUACUCUGCAGAACUGGCUGUCAGAGUUCAAUACAUGGGUCCCUCCUCCUGAAGCAUUACCUCCAGACACCGAUCCUGCGCUGGUCACACCGCGCGCAUUUAAGGUUCACAUCCUGAACGAUGAACACAAAAACACAGCAUCUAGGGCCAAGGUGGUGGAGGAGUGGUCUCGGGACGGCGGUGUCCUGCUGAUGGGGUAUGAGAUGUACCGUCUCCUGUCUUUGAAGAAGAGCUUUGUGGCUGGGCGAAAGAAGAGGAGCAAAAAAACUACAGGAUCUGAUAUCAUAAACCUGGAUGAAGAUGACAGACAGCAAGAACUCCUGAAAGCCGUGGAAAAAGCCCUCUCCCAACCUGGUCCCGAUGUUGUGAUCUGUGAUGAAGGCCAUCGUAUUAAGAACUGCCACGCCAGCACAUCUCAGGCCCUAAAGAACAUACAAACGCGGCGGCGCGUAGUUUUGACUGGCUAUCCUCUUCAGAACAAUCUCAUCGAGUACUGGUGCAUGGUCGACUUUGUGCGUCCCGACUUUCUAGGUACAAGACAGGAGUUCAGCAACAUGUUUGAACGACCCAUCCUAAACGGACAGUGUGUGGACAGCACGCCUCAGGACAUCCAGCUGAUGAGGUACAGGAGCCACGUCCUCCACAGCCUGCUGGAGGGCUUUGUGCAGAGGCGAGGCCACGAUGUCCUGAGGGACCAGCUACCCUCCAAGGACGAGCAUGUGAUCCUGGUGCGUCUGUCUCCCCUGCAGAGGGCGCUCUACACUGAGUUUAUGAACCGCUUCAGAGAAGCAGGGAACACUGGCUGGCUCAGCCUGAACCCCCUGAAAGCUUUUUGCGUCUGCUGCAAAAUCUGGAAUCAUCCAGACGUGCUGUAUGAGGCUUUGCAGAAAGAAAAUAUGGCAAGCGAGCAGGAUUUGGACCUCGAUGACAUCACGUCCACUUCACAGGGCAGAUGUCCCACCGCAGCACCGGGUCCAAAGUCAAAGAGUUUGGACAACCCAGAUCCUAUUGGUGGAUUGAGUCUAAACCAGCUGCAGGAGAAGGCCAAUCAGGUCAUCACGUAUGAAUGGGCCAAAGAACUCAUGUAUGACUACAAGCCUGGAAUCCUGGAAAACUCAGCAAAGAUGGUGCUUCUGUUCCACCUCAUUGAAGAAAGUGUCAAGAAGGGAGACAAAAUCCUCGUGUUCAGUCAGAGUUUGUCCACACUUACGGUGAUUGAGGAAUUCUUGGCCAAAAGACCAGUACCUCCUUCACCAUAUACAACCAGCAAAGACAGACCCAACCAGAACUGGGUCCGUAACCUCAACUACUACAGACUGGAUGGAAGCACGACGGCCUCAGAGAGAGAGCGGCUGAUUAACCAGUUUAAUGACCCGACCAAUACCUCGGCUUGGGUUUUCCUUCUUUCAACCAGGGCUGGUUGUCUGGGUGUGAACCUGAUCGGGGCGAACCGUGUGGUGGUGUUUGACGCCUCCUGGAACCCCUGCCAUGACGCCCAGGCUGUGUGCCGCGUGUAUCGCUACGGACAACGGAAACCGUGUCACAUCUACAGACUGGUGUGCGACUUCACUCUGGAGAAAAAGAUUUAUGACCGCCAGAUCUCCAAGCAGGGCAUGUCGGACCGCGUUGUGGACGACCUGAACCCUGUGCUGAAUUUCACCAGGAGGGAAGUUGAAUCCCUUCUCCAUUUUGUGGAGGAGGAACCAGAUCUGUCCCAAAUCAGGCUGCUCCCUGGAGAAAUUGUGGAGAGCGUCCUGCAGAGAGCGCUGCACCGUUACUCUCACCUCAUCACCAAGCAACCCUUCCCCCAUGAGUCCCUGCUAAUAGAUCGCAGAGAGUUAAAGCUGAGCAGCGCUGAGAAGAAAGCCGCUAAAAAGGGCUACGAAGAGGAGAAGAGGGCGUCUGUGCCGUACACACGCCCAUCCUACGCUCACUAUUACCCUGCCAGUGAUCAGAGCCUCACUAACAUCCCUGCUUUCAGCCAGAGAAACUGGCGUCCUCCCACUCGUGCUGAGGAGAAACCAGUGGCCAGUGUUCGGCCCGUUCAGUCCGCUUCAGUUCCCACGAUGCCUCGCCAUGUGGCUGCAGGUUCAGCCUCAGAUCGUGGCUCCUCUUCAUCCAGCCUCGGAGGAUUCCCUGUCAACUGCCUGCAGAAGGCUGGCGUGUUUGUACAGAAGAUUGUCACCACUACUGACAUAGUGAUUCCAGGUACCAACAGCUCAACAGAUGUGCAGGCAAGGAUCACUGCUGGAGAAAGCAUUCAUGUUAUCAGGGGCACAAAAGGAACGUAUAUCAGGACAUCUGAUGGCCGGAUCUUUGCCAUUAGAGCAGCGAAUAAGGCUAAGACGGUGGACGAGAACCCAGCAGCUCCUCCUAAAGACUCGAAGGUUCCACAUCAGGAAGUUUCCUCCAGUGGCAGUAAUGGUUGCAUAUCCCCUGACAGGAAGGUGGUGGUAUCCUCCAAGUCUGUGCCCCGCCCUCUUUCCCCGGACAGCCCAGAGAUCCUCAGUGAGUUGCAGCGCUACACGGCUGGCUCGGGGGCUGACGCCACUGCAGCCUCCAUCAUUCAGCAAGAGAGAGCCGCUGACAGCAGCGUCAGCAACAAGCCGCCUUCAAAUAAGCUGCAGGACAAAUGUGGCAGCAGUAAGAGCGCCUUUCCUGGGGAAUCUAUGAGCUGCCAUGAUGCCUCACUUUCUAAUGUAAUCCAGCCAAACGUGGACACCGGUGUUCCACAAGACUUGAGGAUAAGCAGCAAACGUAAAGCCUUCAGCCCGUCCCUGGAGGAGAGAGUCAGUAAGCAGGCCUAUGCAGGAAAACACUCCUCAGCCCCUCCGCCUUCAGCAGGGUUCCCCUUCCCAGGGGGGUAUGGCCUUCCCCCGAUGGGUCUCAGCUCUGCCAUGUUGGGCAGUUCAGUGGGGCAUCCGCUCUUCUUGGGGUCAAACUCGCACUACUUCAACCCCCCCAACACUCAGCUGGGAGACCCUGCUUACAUGUAUCGAGAUGUCUUCGGCUUUAGCGGCGCCAACGCGGUUCCCUCUUCCUCCUCUCCGUCCUCAUCAACAACAAUCACCGCUCCUGCCUCAUCGGCUCCUUCUGCUGCCAGUUCUCUUCCGGGAGCCCUCCCACCAUACAUGUUGAGCCCCAGUAUGGCUGGGAUGAUCCCACCAGGCUUUCCCAUUUCAUACAGCCCAUCGCUGGCUGGACUUUAUUCUGGCUCCAUGCUGCCUGGCCCGGCUGCCACUCCUGUUCCAGCCGAAGCCAGUUUUUUGUCUCAGUACCCCCAAACUGCUGCCUCAGGCUCCUCCUCCUCUCCUUCCUCAAUUUCCCCCGCAGACCGCCCAGAGAACCACCAGGCCGCUGCCCUGGUGAACGGCAGGGAGAACGGCGCCGGCAGCAGCUCUGAUGAUGAUGAUGAUGACAUAAUCGAGAUGAGGGCCCAGUGAGACCAGAGAAAACGUUCAGCUUGUCCUGCUAGUCAGAUACAGUUUUCUCUAAGGGGGUAAGGAAGAACAAUGAAGAGAGUUGACCUUCAAAAUCUUAAUUUUGGUCACCUGUAUUGCCUUGGAGAAACAACCUUAAAGGUGACUGAA